UAACCCUAACUCCUCUAUUCUUCGUCAAGGAGGGCGGCAGCGCAAUGGGAAGCACCAGCACCAGGAGGAUUCCAGAAGAUUUUACUGAUAAGAUUACCAAUGGGAAUCAUCUUAAAUUGAAUAAUAGUAUUUCUGCAAUGGAACACACACAUCACCGAACAAUGGCUAUGAAGUCUUAUCUCUGGUUACAAACUUGUGAUGGUUCAAUCCAGCAAGUAGAAGCAGAGGUUGCUAUGGGUAUCCCAUUAAUUUGCAAAGAAGUAUUUCAAAAUAAAAUGGGAUCAACAAAGAAAUGUGCUAUUUCACUUCCCGAACGAGUCAAUAAUAUGGAUACCUUUAGCUUAAUACUCGAUUAUUGCCGGUUUCACCAAGUACCGGGUCGCUCUGAUAAGGAGCACAAAUCUUUUGAUGAGAAGUUCAUCCGAAUAGAUACAGAUAGGUUAUGUGACUUGGCUUCUGCAGCAUACAGUUUGGAUCUGAAAUCUUUGGUUGAUAUCACCUGCGGAGCACUUGCACGGGUGAUUGAAGAUAAAACACCAGAGGAAGUUCGUGAGCCAUUUCAGUUGCCUGAUGAUCUCACGGAGGAGGAGAAGUUGGAGCCUAUAAGAAUCAAUGCUGAUGGGCCGCGGAUCAGGAUGCUCAAUCGGCUUUAUGCCAGAAAGAGGAAAGAAUUGAAGGAGAGAGAGAAGCAGAAGACCGCUGACGUUGAUGAAGAACAGGUGGACGCUGAAUGCUCCAUUGUUGAUCUGUUGUUGUUUAUCAAUGAAGAUUCAAAGGCGGUUAAAGCACCUAAACAGAAAAAGACACACCGUCGAAAGAAACACCAACCAAAACGCUUUUGUAUAAACAAUGAGAAAGACAAGAAGGAACUUCCUUCUGCCGGUGAUUUAACCAUCAGUACUGGAGUUGAUUUUGAUGAUGACAUUGACGAUGAUGAGCUAGACCCUGCGAUCAAGGAAGAGAUCGAUAGGGAAGUGGAGGAAUUUGCAAGGAGAUUGAGUUUAGAUUGGCCUGAGAGAAUGCAGGAGAUCCUGUCGUUAGGACAAGAAGGAACGCGUGCUCCGAUUCCAAUGAACGGAAGCAAGAUAUGA